UGUAAGUACCUCCAGCCAGCGAAGCGUGGGCGGGCUGCGGGGGUAAAGAGGCUGCCGGAGAAUAUUUCCCUCAUUUCUCUCUCCGCCGGGGCGCCGAGAAUCUCCUCUGCCGCGCAAGCGAAGACACAACGCAACAUCUAAAAUAAGUCGACCCGUUUUAAACUUGUUCCAAAUUGUUCGGCGCGCAAAGCUCCGAGGGGAAAGCGGGGAGAAAGAGAGGGAGCCGCGGAGGGGAGAGUGAGAGAAAACAAGGGAGCGAGUGUGCGUGGAUUCUUUUUUUUUUUCUCUUCUCCCUCUCUCUGUGUGUUUUGAUGUUAUUUGUGACGGAAUCCCCCCUUCAGUCUCUAAGAAUCCGGAGAGCGGCGCAAGAAGGAGGAGGAGGAAGAAGAGGAGGAGGACAGGAGAGGAGAGGAGGAGGAGGAGGAGGCGCGCGGACCUGUCCACGAGCCCUCUCACUGCGGAACGCGCGGGGCUGCCGCUGGAGAGCCCAAAAAACCAAACGCCGCUCCGGAGUCUGACUGACAGCCGUGCGUCAAACGGCUUCGGUUAAAUGGACCGCUUCUGACGCCUCAGCCGGGGAGGAAAGGCUUUCACUACCUCUUCACAGGAGGCGGGGGGGUGAGAAAGGUGGCGGUGGCGGCGGAGGUGGAGGUGGAGGGGGGGUGGCAGGUCUCCAGAACCAGACAGGUGGAUUUAUCAGUUUUAUGGUGCCCUUCUGGACGGAGAAGAAAUGGAUGGAUUAAUCUGACGGAGGGGGACGUUUGUUAUUCCCACCCCAAUGGAGUAACAGGCUGCAAUGUCAUCUCCACCUGGCCGCCUGGAGAGAUGUGUCACGGGAAUGGGAUCAACUUUGAACACCGUUCUUCUGGUUUCACUGAUGCUCUGAGAAGGAACCAAAAUGCCUGCAAACACAAUGGUCUCUGCGGCCGCCUGCGUGGGCCCUCGCCCCACGGGAGUACCACCCAGCAGCAACAUGCCACGCACGGACUCCGAAGAAGAAGGCGCAAAACGUCCACGACCCCGAGCCCGCAGCAGCAGCCACGCUUCUUUAUGACACCCAAGGGUAUGAUGGGUGUAGCGGGCUGGACCUUGGUCCUACUCUCCUCAGUCAUGAUGCCCGUGGCAUCACAAAAGCCUCCAGCGCUCAGUGUGGGUGUGAUAAUGGGCCAGACACGUCCGGUAGCCGACCAGAACCUCCGGCCUCCUCUACGCCCAGAUGAUCCACUCGAUACCUCUGUGUUCAUCCUUAAGAUCAACCAGACAGACCCAAAGUCUGUAAUCACACAGGUGUGUGAGCUUGUGUCUCGCAACCGUCUCCAUGGCAUUGUGUUUGCCGAUGGCACCGAUCAGGAGGCCAUUGCCCAGAUCCUGGACUUCCUAUCUGUUCAGACACAGCUUCCGGUUUUGGGAGUUCAUGGAGGCUCCUCGAUGAUAAUGGCUGAUAAGGACGAGAAGUCCACUUUCUUCCAGUUCGGCGCAGCCUUGCAGCAGGAGGCUCUGCUCAUGCUUGCAAUCAUGGAGGAGUAUGACUGGCAUGUUUUUUCCAUCGUAACUUCCAAGUUCCCUGGCUAUCAGGAUUUCAUCAGCACGCUGAGAGUGACUGUGGAUCACAGCUUUGUGCGCUGGGACCUGCAGAGUGUUGUGACUCUAGAUGCUGUAGAUGGUGACCCAAACUCAAAAUCACACAUCGCCCUCAAGAGGAUACAGAGCCCUGUUAUACUGCUGUACUGCUCCAAGGAUGAGGCACUAUAUAUCCUGGAGGAAGCUCGGUCGUUGGGUCUAAUAGGAGCUGGUUACAUCUGGAUUGUGUCAAGUCUCACCACUGGAAAUCCAGACUUCACCCCUGAGAUGUAUCCCCUGGGUAUGAUCUCUGUAUCCUAUGACGACUGGGAGUACCCGCUGGAGACGCGGGUGCGGGACGGGGUGGGCAUCAUUUCCACUGCAGCCACCUCCAUGUUGCGGGAGAAAGGCGAGCUGCCAGAGGCCCAGACCAGCUGCUAUAGCACGCCAUCAGACAGGAGCCCGGGGAAGCUCCCACCUAGUGCCCUACGCAGACACAUGAUGCAUGUGUGGAACGAAGGACGAGACCUAUCCUUUACUCCAGAUGGUUACCAGGCCAACCCCAGAUUGGUUGUCAUUGUCUUGAACAGUGAAAGGAAGUGGGAGAAGAUGGGCCGCUGGGAGAACGGGACGCUGUCUCUCAUGUUUCCGGUGUGGCCGAGGUAUAACGCCCAUGGGGACGAGGAUGCUGAUGAGAACCACCUCUCCAUCGUUACUCUGGAGGAGAAGCCUUUUGUCAUUGUCGACAAUGUAGACAUCCUCACCGGCACCUGCAAUAGAAACUCUGUGCCGUGUCGUAAACAUGUCAAACUAAACAGCACAGCAGGAGGUGCCUAUAUCAAACAGUGCUGCAAAGGUUUCUGUAUUGACAUUCUGAAGAAGAUUGCCAGGAACGUCAAGUUCACCUAUGAUCUCUAUCUGGUUACCAACGGAAAACAUGGGAAGAAGAUCAACAAUGUGUGGAACGGCAUGGUUGGAGAGGUGGUGUAUAAGAAGGCCAUCAUGGCUGUGGGGUCGCUGACCAUCAAUGAGGAAAGAUCAGAGGUUAUCGACUUCUCUGUGCCCUUCGUAGAGACCGGCAUCAGCGUCAUGGUGUCGCGCAGCAACGGAACUGUCUCGCCCUCCGCCUUUCUUGAGCCCUUCAGCGCAUCGGUUUGGGUGAUGAUGUUUGUGAUGCUGCUCAUUGUCACAGCCAUCGCCGUCUUUCUCUUUGAGUUUGUCAGUCCACUGGGCUUCAACCGCAACUUGGCCCAAGGCAAAGACCCGCACGGUCCGUCGUUCACCAUCGGAAAGGCCAUUUGGCUCCUGUGGGGUCUGGUUUUCAACAACUCUGUGCCCGUGCAGAACCCGAAAGGCACCACCAGUAAAUUCAUUGUGUCCGUGUGGGCCUUCUUCGCUGUCAUCUUCCUGGCCUCCUACACUGCCAACCUGGCCGCCUUCAUGAUCCAGGAAGAGUUUGUGGACCAAGUCACUGGAUUGUCCGACAAAAAGUUCCAGAGCCCGUACUCCUACUCCCCACCGUUUCGCUUCGGGACGGUUCCCAACGGCAGCACCGAGCGCAACAUUCGAAAGAACUACCCAGAUAUGCACCAGUACAUGACUAAAUACCACCAGACCGGCGUGGUGGAUGCGCUGGUCAGCCUCAAGACAGGAAAGCUGGACGCCUUUAUUUAUGACGCUGCAGUCUUGAACUACAUGGCGGGCAGAGACGACGGCUGUAAGCUGGUGACCAUCGGCAGCGGUUACAUCUUUGCCACCACAGGUUACGGGAUCGCCCUACAGAAAGGAUCCUAUUGGAAACGUCACGUCGAUCUGGCCAUACUUAGCAUCAUAGGAGACGGUGAGAUGGAGGAGUUGGAGGCACAGUGGCUGACUGGGAUCUGCCAUAAUGAAAAGAACGAGGUGAUGUCCAGUCAGCUGGAUGUGGACAACAUGGCGGGGGUCUUCUAUAUGCUGGCCACAGCCAUGGGCCUCUCCAUCCUCACCUUCAUCUCGGAGCACCUCUUCUAUUGGAGGCUGAGAUACUGCUUCACCGGCGUCUGCUCCGGCAGGCCGGGCAUGCUCUUCACUAUCAGCAGGGGUAUAUGGAGCUGUAUCCACGGCGUUCACAUCGAUAUGAAGAAGAAGGCACCCGAGCUGGACUUCAGUCCUCAAGCCAACAUGCUGCACUUGCUCAAAUCUGCCAAGUCCAUUGCCAUGUCGUCACCCAAACGCAACACCGUCCUCCUGCAGCCCGGCAUCCUAGACAUGAUGUCAGGGAAAGGUCCAGCUCCUUUCAUCAUCCCAUCAACCCUGAACAGCUUCCCUGUCGCUGCUGAAGAAAAGCAUCACCACGGUAACUCGCUCCACAGUCUGCCUCAGAAGGGUCCUGGUCUCUAUAGCAACGCUUCGGGUCCACAGGCUUUCCUGUCGUUGUCUGGGCGACAUAAAAACCACCUCAACAAUGCUGCACCGUUUCCCGGCCAGCAAAAGACCCCCACCCUCCAGACCAGUCCCAACAAGCCCCAGCUGUCGAUCACCAACGACAACGGCAAGAACCGCCUGGCCGGGCCUGCCGGGCCUGCCGCUCCCGCGUCAAAGCCGCGAGCCCUGUGGAAGAAAAGCGUGGAGACGCUGAAGACUCAGCCGAGUGUCGUGUCUCCAGGAGCCCCGAGCCCCACCCCGGCUUCAGGGAGCGGACCUCCGCAGAUGAAGAGCCAGCGGUACCUGCCAGAGGAGCCGCUACACUCGGACAUGUCAGAGUGUUCCAGUCGGCCGCCGUCGCACAAAGAUUCGGACUCCGUGGCUGCGAGGGGUGGAUUUAAGCCAAUCAAUCAGCUGAGAAAGAGGGGUGGGGGUGGAGGUGGAGGAGGAGGAGGUGGCGGAUCUAAGAUCUACUCCAUUGACUCCGACCAGGCCAGCCUCCAAUCUGUUCCUCCGUACCAGAGAGACAGCCAGGGGGGAAGUGAUGAGCACAGUUACCCCCCUGACCUCUUUCCACCUGACAGCACUUACUCACACCAGUCAGACGCACCCAUCAUGCAGCUGAGCGCCAGCCUCCUGCACCACAGUCACAGCGCCGAGGCCGACCUGCACUCCCUGAAGGACAAGAAAUACAGCACCUACACACACAGCAGUGCAAAGGACAAAUCUACAGGUUCAUUCGAAGCUCCAGCUUCGGGUUCGGCGACCCAAGGCUCCAGGCCCGGUCACUGUCGCACCUGCCUGACCAAGCUUAGCGGUUACUCUGGCCUCUACACUGUUCGCUCACCGCAAGCCCGCUGCGACGCCUGUGCCCACCUGGGAAACCUGUAUGACAUCAGUGAAGACCACCUGCACUCGCACUACGCCCACACUCACCCACACAGCGGUGAAAUGUUUACUCACUAUCUUCCCCAGAGCGAGCUGGACCUGGUGGGGGAGGGGGACGGGCUCGUCAGCCACUUCGAGCCCACUCCAUCCUCGCCGUCUCCUAUGCCCACCUCCCCCUCCGCCCAGCACCUCCAGUUGAGCCGCCAGCACUCCUAUGAGAACGUGCUUCCAGACGGUAUUCCUGAGCGGCAGCCACAGUCUCAUCACAUGCGAGGACUAAGCCUGCCUGACAGGGAUCGGGACAGGGAGCUGAUCCUGGAUGACGGGGCCUAUGCCAACGUUCUCACAAUGCGCUCCGACCGCCCAUACAGCAGCCGCAGCCCGCCUUCUCCGUCCCCGUCCCACCACCACAGCCUGGACAUCCCGAUGCCUAUGCCGCGACGCUCCAAGAGCCUCCUGCCGGAUCGGCCAUCACACAACCCCUUCCUGCAUUCAGCCCCGGGCACAGCACAACGAGACUCUGCCUCCCAGGCUGCCACACGCAUGGCGCAGAAAACUUCCUCGCACGAGCUCUAUAAGCAAAGGAUGCAGCUGUCGCUCACCCUCGGCAACCACGGCAGCCAUCAUGUCAACCAGCAUGGAGGCCAUGUCGACCAACAGGUGUUUUACCCUCAGCAGGAGCCUCCUGUGGUGGCCUACAUGGUCCCACCUGCUGCCUCACAGCCAAUGAGCUAUGUGACAGCACCGCGAGCCUCGAGCGCAGGCGGCAACCGGCCCCGGCUGUACCGCCGCAUGCCCAGCAUCGAGUCUGAUGUCUGAGAGUCACAAAUAACACAAUUCUACUCUCACCAAGCACACACGAACACGCAGGCACGCAAGGAGAAGGUGUGUGUGAUUGGACCGGGCAGCUCUGUUUCCAAGCACAUAUGAAGACACACACACACACACACAGACACACACACUGGGGAAAGACUGCAAGCUCAGCAGUGGACUAAAGGGGUUAACGAUGAUACAGAGAAAAAUAAUUUCUUUAUUAAACCCUUCUGCAGGGCAGAAAAGGGGCCACAGGGACACCUGGAGGCAAAGUUGCAAAACGAGUGGUGUGUGUGCGUGUCAGUGUGUGUACUAGCCAGAAGCUGUGGGCAACGGGGCGCAGGCUGACAAUACUUCUAACUAGACAGAUGGGACUCCUUGUGGAAUAAGCAGGACACUGAUCGCGGAAUCCGGUGCCAACAGUGGGAUCUGACACGAAACCAACAAAGUGUUAGGAAGACAGGCAAACCCAUCCCAACCCUCCCCGAGACAAAGGGGUUGCAGAGGGUCCCUUUUAUUCCUGAGAGUACACACAAACAUACACAUAUACACAUGUAUCACCCCAACAGACACCACCCACCCACCCUUCCUCUCCGGGACUCUCCUGUUGCACUAUGAUUUCUCCUCCGGUCAACCUGUUUGUUGUCUGAGCCUCCAAACUGCACUGCCAGCAUGGCUUAAAGAGUAGUCCACGACACUGAAGUAAUCCUUGACUUGAAUCGAAAUUACCAUCUAUGUAAAAGACUGGAAGGCAGGCAGGCAGGUGGUCGGGACACUGAUCUGAGAAUAAAGCUCCUGCCUGCAGAUGUACAAACGCUGGAACACACACACAAAAACUAAAAAAAAAAAAAAAAAAAAACAUAAGAAAAACAGAUUCUCUGUCUGUUUUUUUUUUAAGGGAAAGUUGAAACUUACCGACUGUUUGUUAUUGUUGAUGUCAGCUAAUUGAACAUUCCAAAAAAAAAGAAAAGUGGACCAAAUGUGGCCACCAGAAGAAAAUAAAAAAGCCUCUCAGGAUGAGAGUGUGUGUUCCUGGGUUUCUAGAUCUAACAGACAAAAGUGCAGCAUCCUUGCUUCCUCUCUUAGCUAGCCUUCAGGUCUUACUGCAUGCUUCCUACUGCCCUGUGUUACACUUAAACUCCUUAUACAGGGUCAUAUAUGCACACGCACUCACACCCGCACAAACACAAGGGACAUGCACAUCAUGACAUACACGCACAUGUGCACAUUCGCAGUAGUCUAGGAUAGUAGAAUAGGGUGGGUGUGUGAGUGUGUGUGUGAGGCUACGAGAUAGCUUCUCUCUGUGCACUUUGUAGAUUUUAUACCCCCGCCACCCACACAGACGUUUGACCAAAAAACACUUUUGUACUGAAAAAUAUGAAUAUUCUCAGUCACUCGCUGGAUAGAUGUUUUCUUUUUCCUAUUAUUUCUCUUUAGCGUUGGGUUUUAGGGCACUGUGAAGGGCAAAGCUCUUCCAGAAUCAAAGGUUUUAUAGCGUUAGACAAAGGGUUACAGCAUCAUGCAAACAGUAUACACAACACAAACACUUGCUCUUCCUUUCUUUACUUUUACGGAGCUCAUCCCUCCUUUGAGUCAUUUUCUGCUUCCCUCAUCCGAUUAUUUCCGUUUAUUCUCUCUAUUUCUUCUUAUUGCUCUUCCCCUGCUUACUGCUGUAGAGUAGAUAAAGUAUCAAAAGAGUAAAGUUCAGUCUUGGUGUUAAAAAAAAAAAGUCCACUUUUGCUGGAAAUCACUUAAUAUCAGUAGUUGUGAGAACUCAUCGGAUACAGUACUGUCUCUCAUAGGAUGCAGUGUCCUUUUAUAAUACCUUUCUAUGUAAAACAAAAGGACUUGCGGACUUUUUUUGAUGUUUUCGUGGUGAAUUUUUAGGCAGAGUGCAUCGUCGGGUGCAGGUUUUUAUCUCAUUGAAAUUAUGGUCAUAGCAGCUGGUACAGUAUACUCGAGUGCCUCUCUGCCAGUGGGAGAGCUGUGUUGCGUCUCAUCCCGGAAAGGUACGUGGCAAAGGCAGAGUUUGCAAAAAGGGACUCGUUUUAGAAGAAGCACCCAGCGCGCACACGAUCACACACUCGACAGUCCGGCAAUGUGCGUACGAGUGUUUUAGAAAUCCAUAACCUACUGAGCAAGGGCAUUGAUUUUUCAGCACAAGGAUUUUGAUGGAAACAGUACGUGAUAUCCCAUUAGCAGAGUGUCUGUCUCUAUUCUCUCUUUUGCUAUUCUCCUUUCUCUCUCACACGAACAAACACACUCACUUAUAUACAGUACAUAAAGGGCAACGAGGACACAGGACAGUUGUUUUUUUUUGUUUUGUUUUUUAAGAGAAAAGAAAAUGUCGCUUUGAUUGGUGAGCGCUGCCCCUAUUUUGGUCAUCUUAACAGGUUUGUUGUGAGUUAUAUGCACAAUAUCAGGUUGCAAUAUUAUACUUCUGUACAGAGAUUUCUUUUGUUUUAUUUUAAAUGUUAGAAAAUGAUUUCAUUUGUUUGAUUUGAAUGGUGUUAAGUAUCAAACUCAUUUCAAAUGCAACAUGGCUUGUUUUUUUUUUUUUUUUUCAAAUUCUGCUUUUAAAAAUGAAAGGCAUGUUUUAGAUUCUUCUGUCAUUUUCUUCCCCUCCCACCCCUUCCUCUGAUGUGUUAUAAGCUGGGACCUCACUGUACGGUCAUCAGAAAUGGGUCAACAUCCUAGUUAACUAUGUGGGUCAGCUAACCAGUUAACCAACUACGCAUAGCUGAAUCAUGUUUGAUGACUGUCCAGCCUGUGUGGUUUAAACACAACUCCCAUCCCGCCCACUGUGUUCUCCUCCACCACGAGUCUGUGCUUUUCCACCUUGGAGCGUGUGUGUGUGUGUGUGUGUGUGUGUUCACAUUGUGAAGGCAUUUGUAUAAAACAGAGGAUGUAUGUAUUAGAGGUGACUUCGGGUUUGUGUGUGUGUGUGUGUGUGUGUAUGUGUGUGUGCUUUUGGUAUGCUCUUUCAUCCUACAUGCAACAUCUGAUCUGGCUAUUAUUAUUCAUGCAACACAAUUACAGCAACAAACACACGCACAUACACACACUGACAUGUCUCUACUGUCAUGUUAAAGAGAGCAUGUUGAAUGAGUUUUGCACAUCCAACACCAAACACUUUUUUUCUUUUAGUCAACCCUUUACAUUACAUGAUUUUUGUUUUGUUUUUUUGUUUUUUAUCUCUUUUUUUUUUUUUUUUUUUUUUUUACUGCAUGACGUGCUUGUGGUUUUAGUGGUACCUAUUUUGCUGCAACAUCUGAUUUCUCCCUGAGUUUGGACCCUUGGGGCUUCACGCACCAACACGCGCCUUUCCACCCUGACUGUACUGACACACCUAUCAGGUUCAGAGUCCCAAACGUUGCAUUCUUCUGCUUGGGUCGUGAGCAGCACUGCACCUGGCUGGCUCUGGCACAAUGUCAGCCACCGCGAGAAAGCCUUUGUAAGUAUUUCAGACCCCGCUGAGAUCUUAGUUUCAAACUCAUUCCUCCAGUUCUGGGUGAAAGGGUGGUGUUGGUGUGUAGUCCUGCGAGUCUCUGCUGUGUAUCAAACCUGUGUAUAAGUUCAGGGGUUUCAAAGCUACUAGUUGUGUUGUAAAUACUACCUUAUCACUCAGUACCUCUGUACAAUCUGUAAAUAAGUAAAGGUUACAUUUUUCUA